UUUACUGCAACCCAGGGGACAUGUCACCAGAGAAAUGGGAGGUGAUGCCAGGCAGCAGAUGUGGCAGCUGUGGGCUUUGAUGGUGGAGUAGAGGCAAUAUGUGUUAAAUUCAGCAGAGGGGGCAGCUGUGGAUGGUGUGGGGCCUAGUGGUUAUAACUGGGGACAGGCACAGUGUUCAGAAAGCCUUUGCAAUUUUCUAGGCUGAGGUAGAUGAAAGCCUGGACUAAGGAAGUGGCUGUGGGAUUGAAAGGAGGUUGGAGGAGCUGACUUUGAGUCCAUGAGGCAGGGGAAAGGGGAAUCAGAUGGGACCAAGGAUGGUAAUGCUAAGAGAACUAAGGGAGGAGGAGAGUCUGGUAUGGUGGGAGAUGUGUAGUUUCCUUGUAGACCUGUUGGAUUUGAGGGGCAGAUGGGUCCAGAGGUCCUGAGGCAGGUUGGAAAGGGGAGUCUGGAGAGUCAUUGUUGUUGGAGUGGAAGGGGGGAAGCCACGUCAUUGGGCUGUGAUGCCCCAGGGACUGACUAGAGAGGCCACCCUGGGAGAGCUCUGACAGUCACAGGAUGUGGCCGCAGGAAAGGAGACCUGGCUGGAUCUGGACUCAUUGGGAGGUAGAGGAGGCAGCAACAUAUAAGAGAGUUUGAAAUGUGAGUCAUUCAACUGGGGACCUUGCUUCUGAGAGGCAGAGGUUGCUGAAAUCUGCCAACAGGUCUGCAAAUCUGCUCACUGGUGAUGUUGCCAACAAUGUUGUGCUCGGUUAGGGAGGGAGAUGUGUGUGGGACAGAAGGUUGUUCUGGAAGGAAGAAGCCAGGGAAAGGUCAGCAGUUGGGUAUCUUUACAGGAGCUCUGUGAGACCAGCCUUGCUCCUGCGCAGGGAGUCGCCUUUGCUAGGGAGGGAGGCAGUGAUCUGGGUGCCUCUGAGGUUGUGGCCCUAAUAUUCAGCUGCUCAGAGCCUGUCCCUGGGACAUUUGGCUGUACUCAUCUGGGGUCUUACCUGCCUGGGGAUCCUAAAUCACAGGCUUUUCAAGCCUUGGAGUUUUCCUUUCCUAUGGGGCCAGGCCCAGAGGCUGAAAGUUCCCCUCUUCCUUUCUUGGGCUUUUCUACUGUUAACAGCAAAGCCCUCCCUCUGCUGCUCAUUGGACGGGUCUGUGAGCCGCGCCAAGGGACCACGUGUUUUGGUAAUAAAUUUCAGAGGCGGGCUUCCCUCUGCUCAGUUGACUUCUGCUGCUGCCUGGGCCUGUUCAGGUUGACAAAGUCAGGGCCAUGGGGCUGUACCAUGUCCUGCUCUUUCUGGCUGUCGCUGCCAUUUAUGCACCCAUCGGUACUGCCGCUGGGUCCCACAGCCUUCGUUAUAACCUCACAGUGGUGUUCCACAACAGAUCUGUGCAAUCAAGACUUUUUGCUGAGGGGCACUUAGAUGGUCAGCCCUGCCUGCACUAUGACAGUGAGAAAGGCAAGGCUGAGCCCAAAGGACUGUGUGCAGAAACUGUCCUGGGAGCUGAGACGUGGGACACAGAGACCAAGGACUUGACAGAGAAGGGGAAGGACCUCCGAAGAACCCUGGCAGACAUCAUGGCUCUGCAGGACCAGAAAGGAGGUGAGAAUGGGAAGAGGGCACAAGUGAUACGCAGCCUUUUCCAGGAACGUUUGGGGCAAACAGCAGGGACCUGUGCCUUUCCACGGGAUUUGGAUGGGGGUGGGGGUGAGGACAGGGGGCUGUGGAGUUCAGCACAGAGGUGGCCAUUACUCAGCCAGCACAGGAAGCCAUGGAGGAGAGAAGGGAGGGCCCCUUGGCUGGAGUUUCUCACUUGGUCAGGGAAGGUAGAAGGACACAGGGAAUGGAGAAGUCACUGCUGGGUGGGGGCAGACUUUCAUUCCCUCCAGGAGAUUUGGGGCUGCGAGAUCCAAGCAGACAACCAUGCCAGGGGCUUGAGGCAUUUCUACUAUGAUGGGAAGCUCUUCCUCUCCUAUAACUCCACGACCUGUGGAUGGACAGUGCCCCAGUCCUCGGCUAAGACCGUGGCUAUGGAGAUCAAGAAGUCCUGGGACGCAGAUGGCUUUCAAAGCAAGGAUUACUGGGCCCAGGUGCAGGGAGAGCUUUGUGGAAGACUGCAGAGAUAUGUGGAAUCCUGGAUGGGCUUCAUGGAGAGAACAGGAAUUUGGCUUCAGGGUACAGGACAGACUUGGAGAAGGUCUGGGGUCCAUGAGAGCUUCAGCCAGAGUUGGAAAGUGCCCCCAGCAGUGAACGUGACCUGCAGCCAGGCUGCGGAGGGCGUGGUCAACGUGACGUGCUGGGCUUUCAGGUUCUCUCCCCGGAACAUCUCAGUGACCUGGCUUCGGGAUAAGAAACCCCUGAACCAACAUGUCCAGCAGUCUGGGGGUGUCCUGCCUGAUAGGAAUGGGACCUACCAGACCUGGGUGGCCAUAAGGAUUCCCCAAGGAGAGGAGCAGAGGUUCACGUGCUACGUGGAACACAGUGGGAACCACAGCACAUACCCUGUUCCACUCGGAAAGGCCCUGGUGCAUCAGAGUGGAUGGCCAGCCAUUCUGGGUGUCGCUGUUGUUGGUGUUAUUAGUUCCAUUACUCUGUUUGCCCUUUGGUACAAGAAGAAGAAGAAGACAACAUCGGCUGCAGAGAGCCCAGAGCUCCUUAGCCUACAACACCUGGGUCACCGCCAGAUGCCACCAACAGACCUGAAUGACACCAGCCAGCUGGGAUUUCAGUCUCUGUUGUCAGCCCCUGAGUCCAUUGAUUCAACUGAGGGAGCACAGAGUCUGCAGCCAGGAGGCCUGAAUUCAGCUCCCUGCUCUGGUCUUACCAGCACUUUCCCUCUUGGUGCCUCGGUUUCCUCAUCUGUGAAAUGGGGGAAAUAACAGUAUUUAUUUCCAGUUUUGGUUGGCAGAAUCAAAACUGUUAAUAUAUAUAACACGUAUAUUAUGUCAUAUAUAACAUAAUUUGCAGCUCACUACAUUAUUUAACAAUAUUUUUGUUAUUUUAUGUUACAGUGUAUUACCUCUAUAAUAAUUAUAUUAUUGUCACUGAGCAUUAUCUGUAAGUUCCUUUGUCAUGGUUCUUCCUGAGGAGUCCAAUACCAGCUUUCCUGGCACCUGGAAGUCCAUUCACCCCCCAUCAUACUCGUAUAUGCAUUACUUCAUAUCUACCACGUCUGUAUAAUUUCCUAUUGUAAGUGUUUAAAUGCUCUUUCAACAUA